AUGGCUUCCUCCAACUCCCUAUACAACCUCGACCCAGAGCACAUCUCCUGCAUCGGGGGUCGAACAGUAGUUACAUGCAAGAGCUGCGCAGGCAAUGCCCCCAGAGGCUCGAUCUGCCCCAGCUGCAACGGUCGCGGCUUUAACAUCUUUGUUUGCGCACACUGCAACCCCGCAGCUGCAGCCGCCGCCGCAAGAGCCAUGGCAAACCCCACAUCUGCGUCUGCGACCUCGUCACCCGGCUCUUUGAGCCGCAGCUCUUCCACUUCUUAUCCUUCACAUCCUGAUCCACGAGGGAGGUCUUAUGGACAAUAUGGGGAUCGAGAUGGCGCUAGCUGUGGAAGGAUUGAUACCGAUGCUAAUCGCUCGCGGAAUCCUUGA